ACUGUGAGCUGGGCAGGGGGCCGAGGUCCGAGUCCGGGGAGGUGCACGGGCCCCGGGUCCUCCGGUCGGCAUGCUCGGCGUUUCUCGGGAAGUCCGGUUUCCUCCCCCGAGGCCUCAAGCAGCACGUUCGCCCAGACAAAGAAAAGCAUCAUUGAAGCUCAGAUUUGAGUUGAAACCAGCCUCAAUGUCCACCUGUCCUCGCUGAUCUGAGGAUUUACAGGUGACCAGAGCACUGCCUGGGUGCCUGUGGGAGUCAGGAGAGGCACAUGCCAGUCCUCGCCCUGCCCUGUGUUCAAGACCGCUGCUGUCAGCAUCACAGGAUGGCAGCUGUUGUCCUGCCACCUAGUUGUGCUCAGUCCUCCCUGUAUGUGGCCUCUCCUCAGAAAGGAUGUACUGGGAAGGAAGGGCUUGUCAAUGAAUUCCUGACUAGCUGGUUUCAGGACCUGGUGACCUUCGAAGAUGUGGCUGUGGAGUUCAACCAGGAGGAGUGGGCCUUGCUCGACCGUUCACAGAAAACUUUGUACAGGGAGGUGAUGCUGGAGACCUGCAGGAACUUGGCCUCCCUCGGAUGUCAUGUUGAUAAACCCAAUCUGAUCUCUCAGUUGGAGCAAGAAGACAAGGUGAUGACAGAGGAAAGAGGAAUUCUCCCAGACACCUGUCCUGAGUUGGAGACUGUACUUAAAGCCAAGUGGCUAACUCCUAAAAAGCAUGUUUAUAAACGAGAACAGUCUAAACGUGGAAAAAUGGAGAGAAGCCAUCGUGGAGUAAAAAUCAAUGAAUGCAAUCAGUGUUUUAAAGUCUUCAGCACAAAAUCGAACCUUACCCAGCACAAGAGAAUUCAUACUGGAGAAAAACCCUAUGACUGUAGUCAGUGUGGAAAAUCUUUCAGCAGCAGAUCUUACCUCACAAUCCAUAGGAGAAUCCAUAAUGGGGAGAAACCCUAUGAAUGUAAUCACUGCGGGAAGGCCUUUAGUGAUCCCUCAUCCCUCAGACUGCAUGUGAGAAUUCAUACCGGAGAAAAACCCUAUGAAUGUAACCAGUGUUUUCAUGUCUUCCGCACUAGUUGUAACCUCAAAAGCCACAAGAGAAUCCACACAGGGGAGAACCACCAUGAGUGUAAUCAGUGUGGGAAAGCCUUCAGCACUAGGUCCUCCCUCACUGGACACAAUAGCAUUCACACUGGGGAGAAACCAUAUGAGUGCCAUGAUUGUGGGAAAACCUUCAGGAAGAGCUCCUACCUGACACAGCACAUGAGAACUCAUACAGGCGAAAAGCCAUAUGAAUGUAAUGAGUGUGGAAAAUCUUUCAGUAGUAGCUUUUCUCUAACUGUGCACAAGAGGAUACACACUGGUGAGAAACCCUAUGAAUGCAGUGACUGUGGGAAAGCCUUCAAUAAUCUCUCAGCUGUGAAGAAGCACUUACGAACUCACACUGGAGAAAAACCCUAUGAGUGUAACCAUUGUGGGAAAUCUUUCACCAGUAACUCUUACCUCUCUGUGCAUAAGAGAAUACACAACAGGUGGAUAUGAGUUACAAUGAGAAGUUACCUUGGGAAUUUCUGUAAGAAAGCUUUUGAUGGCCUUUUACCUAACACAAAAUGAGAGAAAUCACUCCUCCCUCCGCCCUGAAAACCAAACAAAAAAAUGUAGCUUCAGAUGAGAAACAUUUAUUAUAUAGUUUCUGCAGGUCAGGAAUUUGGAAGCAGCUUAGCUCUGUAGUUCGGGCUUUGGAUCUCUUGUGCAGUUGCAGUCAGUCAAGGUGUCUGGCACAGCAGUGGGUAUUUAAAAUCUUUACAGAUGAAAGGACUGCUUCCAGAAUGGCUCAUUCCCAUGCCUGGAGGUUAGUGCUGAUUGUGAUGGAAGGCCUUCUGUUCUUCAGCCUGUCCACAGGGCUAAGUAUCUUACAGUAUGGCAGCAGGUUCUCUCCAAAGCAAGUGGUCCAAGAGAAGACAGUGAACGAGUCAGUGGGGUUUUUUUGGUGUAGUCUCAGAAGGAUAUAUUUUCACUUCUUCCAUGUGGUAUUGGUCACACACAGACCAGUCUUGAUGCAGUGUGGAGAAAAUGGUAGAAAAUAUGAAUACCAGGAAACAGAUCACUGAGAACCGUCGGGGAAAUGUGCCAUGAAAUUAAUGAAGAGCCUUCAGCAGAUCCUUAUCCUUUUAAUCCAUAUGAAAUAACAUUCAAUAAACUGUAAGUUCACUCUGGACAGAAACCUUAUAAGUAUAAUCUACACAGCAAAGCUUUCAGCCCAAAUGAUGAUGUAUUGAGGAAAAUCUGAGGAAUAGAAUGAUAAAAGGAAUGCCUUCAGUGAUAGCUCUAAGGAGUCUCGUGACAGCUCACACUAAGGGAAAAUCCUAUUAAGGUCCUCAGAAUGCAGAAGCCUUCAGUGAUGCAAAUCCUUUCAGACACACACAUAGGAAACUGCACAGCAGGGGAGCACGUAUGUGAGAGGAGCACUUCUGGGGUGUAGCUCACUGAUAGAGCACCUGCCUAGCAAGUGUAAGGCCCUUAGUUCAAACCCUGUGUUCUCCCAAAAAAAAGAAGCACUCAUUUAUGCAAAAAGAAAACCCUACAGCACAAGUGUUCACAAAACUGACCACAAGAUAGUGACGAACUCUGCAGUGACUGGGAAAUCCUUGAAUGUUUUCUCCAUAUGAGAAUUAAUUCUGGACAGAAAGCCCCAUUGAAUGUCAUCAGUAUUGGCAAGCCUGCCAUU